UAGUUUAGAUCAUCCGCCUUUCACCUGAAAGGGGCUGUGUGCAGUUCUUGUUUAUUUAUUUAUUUAUUUUAUUUUAUUUUAUUUGUUUAUUUUUUUUUUAAUUAUUUUAUUCGGGUGUCUUUGUAUUGUCCUUUUCUAGACCCAAUAUAGGCCUACCUCCCGAAUCUCGAAAGUUUCCCUUCAACUGUCGCCUUCUGGUGAUGAGCUCCGUCGAGCCAGCACAUCCAGCAUCUGUGGAUGUGGAGAAAAUUUCAGACCAUGGAGAGAAGCAAAUGACCGAAGUCGCCCCAAAGACCGUCGAUGCAAAGGACGAUGCGGUAAUCGACGUGGAAAAGACCGGAGAGGAGAAGGACAAAGACGAAACCUCGGGCGGGUUCGGUGCUUACUUGAAACUCUGGAAAUGGUGUGCUCCAGUCGAUGUUGUUCUUCGGAUCUGUGGGUUUUUCGCCGCGAUCGCGUCGGGAACCGCUCUUCCCUUAAUGACCAUUGUUUUUGGCGCAUUCGUCGAUGAAUUCAAUGAUUACGGGAGAGGGGUUUCAACCCCCGAGCAACUCAGGAAAGCAAUCGCAAAAAAUGCCUUGUAUCUUGUCUAUCUUUUCAUUGGAAAGCUUGCCACGGUGUACAUCCACACCACUUGCUUCACAAUCACCGCCGUUCGUGGUGUGCGCCGUCUCCGCUUGGAGUAUAUCAAAGCGAUCCUCAGGCAGGAUAUGGCGUACUUCGACACGUACACCCCAGGGUCCGUCGCCACUCGCAUAUCCAACAAUGCGAAUCUCAUUCAGAAUGGUCUAUCGGAAAAAGUGGGAACCGCAGUUCAAGGUUUCGCCAUGCUCAUCGCCGCGUUCGUCGUAGCGUUCACCAGAAGCUGGAGACUUACGUUGCCGGUUGCUACCUCCAUUCCUACUGCCGUUACCCUCGUUGGAAUCACGGUUGUGCUAGACACGAAAAUAGAAGCAAAAGUCUUGGAUAUUUAUUCAAAGGCAGGUGGCCUCGUCGAAGAGACUCUGAGCAGUAUCCGGGUCGUCGUCGCCUUUGGUGCUGGAGGUAAACUGCGGAAGAAAUAUGACGAGCAUCUGGACUCAGCGAAGAAGUUUGGGGUGAAAAAGGGCCCCAUAUUGGGUGUCCAAUACAGCUCUGAAUUCUUCAUCAUGUACUGCGCCUAUUCACUUGCCUUUUGGUAUGGUGUUAAACUCGUCACGAAGGGGCAGAUCGGAUCGGGCGGAGAAAUUCUCACCGUUAUCUUUGCCGUCGCCCUUGGCACCUCCGCUCUCACUAUGAUUUCUCCUACCAUAGGCGAUUUCACGAAAGCUGGAGCAGCCGCCAAUGAUGUUCUCGAUAUGAUCGCCAGAACCCCUGGUAUCGAUUCCAUGAGCACUGAAGGGUUAAAACCGGAAGAAGUCAAGGGGGAAAUUCAACUGUCAGGAGUGUCUUUUUUUUAUCCUGCAAGACCCACCAUUCAAGUUUUGAACAAGGUCACCCUCAAUAUCCCUGCCCGGAAAGUCACAGCACUGGUCGGGGCUAGCGGUAGUGGGAAAAGCACGAUCGUCGGGCUCUUGGAACGUUGGUAUGAUCCUGCUGAGGGCUCAGUUCAGCUUGAUGGACAGGAGAUAAAGGAUUUGAACGUGAGAUGGUUGAGGAGCCAGAUUGGGUUGGUCCAGCAGGAACCGAUUCUUUUCAACGACACCAUCUAUAACAAUAUCGUGCACGGUCUUCAUGGGACAGAAAUGGACGGUUAUGAUGAAGAGAGGAAAAGGGAACUGGUCCGGGAAGCGUGCAUUGAGGCAAAUGCAGACGAAUUUAUCCAGACCUUUCCCAAGGGCUACGACACCGUGGUUGGUGAGCGGGGGAGCCUUUUGAGUGGAGGUCAGAGGCAAAGAGUUGCCAUUGCUCGCAGUAUCAUUUCCAAUCCUCAAAUCCUUCUCCUUGACGAAGCCACCUCUGCGCUCGAUCCCCGAGCCGAAGCCGUCGUUCAGGCCGCGCUGGAUAGAGUCUCACGGACGCGUACCACCGUGUUGAUAGCACAUAAGCUCUCAACGGUUAAAAAAGCAGACAACAUUGUCGUUCUGAAUAAAGGUCAGGUUGUCGAGCAAGGGACUCAUGAUGAGCUUCUGGAAGCGCAUGGCGCAUAUUGGAACCUCGUCAAUGCUCAAAGCCUUUCCACAGUGGCCGACGAAAGUUCCUCGGAGACUGAAAACGACUCGCAAGAUGUACAACCAGGCGAGCUAGAAAAGGUCGCGACGACAAAAUCGGUUCGCAGCAAUCUCCCCACCGAGGAAGUACCAGAAGAAGUCGAUGUCUCUCGUAAAAUGUCCCUUUUCCGAUGCUUGGCCAAAAUCUUCUACGAGCAGCGCCGUCACUGGGUCUAUUUUCUGUUCGGCGGAGUUGCGUCUGUCUGCGGAGGCGGUGCUUUCCCGGCACAAGCUGUUCUCUUUUCAAAAAUCGUGACAAUUUUCCAGCUGCCAGAGGACGAGCUCGCUGACCGGGUGAGCUUUUGGGCUCUGAUGUUUUUCGUCCUUGCGCUGGGGGUGUUGUUUUCGUACGGCUCCGUUGGUUUCUUCUUGACUGUUGCGGCCUUCCGCGUAUCGCGGUUCUAUCGCAGUGAAUACUUUGGUGCCAUGUUAUCGCAGGAUAUCGCUUUCUUCGAUAAUCCGGAUAAUUCAUCCGGAAGCCUGACUGCAAGAUUGUCGACGGACCCGCAGGCUCUGCAGGACUUGAUUUCCUCAAAUAUCGGAUUGAUCUUGAUUGUCAUUGUGAAUCUCGUCUCUUGCACAAUUCUUGCCCUCGUCACUCAAUGGAAAUUGGCCCUUGUUGCUCUCUUCGGAUGUCUCCCGGCGCUUUUUAUGGCUGGGUUUACCCGUAUGCGUAUGGAAAUGAAGAGUCAGGAUAAGAACGCAAAACUGUAUCUCGAGAGUGCGCGGUUUGCGUCCGAAGCGGUUGGGGCCAUCCGCACCGUUUCAUCCUUGACGCUAGAAUCGAAGGUCUAUGACAGCUAUGCGGAGCGUUUGAAGGGCCCUGUUUCGAGAUCCUACAAGCAUACUAUGAUUAGUAUGAUAUUUUUCGGUCUUUCCGAAAGUAUUGACUUGGCAGCGAUGGCGCUCGCUUUUUGGUAUGGUGGGCGGCUCCUGACAUUCAACGAGUACGAUGCCGAGACGUUCUUCGUCGUGUUUGUAGCCGUGAUUUUUGGUGGGCAAGCAGCGGGUUUUCUGUUUGGGUUCACCUUGAAUACGACAAAGGCGCACUCAGCUGCAAAUCAUAUUUUGCACCUCCGACAACAAGUUGCUCCGAUUAACGGCUCGAAGGGAGAACCUCUCCCGGGCGGUGAGAAAGACGUUGCGAUUGAAUUUAAAAACGUCUCAUUCCAUUACCCAAGCCGACCAGAUCAUCCGGUACUCCGAAAGAUCAACUUCAAGAUCUAUCGUGGGCAAAACGUCGGUCUCGUGGGCGCUUCGGGAUGCGGUAAAACCACCAUCAUCGCGUUGCUGGAACGAUUCUACGAUAUCUCCUCCGGUGAAAUUCUCAUAAACGGAAAAUCGAUUUCUGCAAUCGACGUCAACGAAUAUCGAGAGAGCGCGAGCUUGGUCUCUCAGGAGACGACGCUCUACCAGGGUUCUAUCCGAGAAAACGUCACACUUGGAAUCCACUCGACAACAGUCUCAGACGACGACAUUGUCAAGGCCUGUAAGGAUGCGAACAUUCAUGACUUCAUCCAAUCUCUGCCUGAAGGCUAUAACACGGAAUCAGGCUCGCGUGGUCUCACUUUCAGCGGAGGUCAAAGACAGCGCCUUGCUGUUGCACGGGCGCUUCUGCGAAAUCCUGACUUCUUGUUCUUGGACGAGGCUACCAGUGCGUUGGACACUGAGAGCGAACGGGUCGUCCAAGCUGCAUUGGAAACUGCAAAAAAGGGAAGGACGACUAUUGCCGUUGCUCAUCGUCUUAGCACUGUACAAGACUGUGACGCGAUAUUUGUGCUGGACGCCGGUAGAAUUGUGGAACGAGGAACUCAUCAAGAACUCUUGCGGCAAAAGGGGCGGUAUUACGAGAUGUGUCAAGCUCAGAGUCUUGACAGGGAUGCAUGAGUUCCAACGAGGACAGCUGAAAAGUUGCGGGAGUCCGCAGUUUAUAUAAAUAAUAGUGUGCUUUCUUAAUCUGUAUUAAUACAAUAAUUUGGACGUAAUGCUCUUGGUAUUCGAAACUCCACUCUCUCUUCCUCUA